CCUUCACCUUCUUCUCCGAUUCUUCAAGCCGUUCGCGCUUGUCCGGAGCCUGUCGCCGCGGAGUUCGCCGCAACGCGCUUUGAAUCGGUUUGCCUCAUCAAUUUUGUCUUGGCACCAAGGCUGCAUGUCAUAUUAACAAUCAGCUGUGCAUGGAACCACGAAAAAUGAAGGAGAGCAGCUUGUUUUAAUCACCUGUUGUUCCAUGUCUCAGUUGUAUUUUAUAUUGUUCAAACACUUUAACAAAUUAAGAUAUGAAUAUCUCAUCUUUUCUCAUCCGGUGGAAAUGGGAUCAUUGUUUCUCAAUAUCUUAUUUUCCAUUGAAAUUUGAAAGGCAUGUAGUCUAAGAGGUGCUUGGAGAGUAUGUUCACAUCUAUCCCUUCUUAGUCGAUGUGCACAUUCUUUUGCAUUCCAUAUCUUGUCAAUGAAAGCUUUUGCUUAGCCUUAAAAUUACUUAUCUUUAGAGUACAUCAAUGACAUUCCUCCUACUUUUAGCGAUUUAGUCCUGAUGGUUUUUGUCUCAUCUUUUGAUGGUGUUAUGCUCACCCUCUAGAAGGAUCACUGAAUAUAUAGUGUUGAAUUGGCCUGUUUUCUUUCCUUUUCAUAUCUAACUAGUUUGCUUGGGCAGUUUCUGUCCUUUCUAGGUUCCUUUUACACGAGAAACAGAACACCAGAUGGAACCCUUUUCUGUGCAGAUUGCCCCAACAUUUAGCCAUUUCUUCACGGGGAUCAUUUUAAUCAUGUAGGUUGUUGAUUGCUCAGAUAUCAUUCAAGAAGCUGUUAUGGAGUCUUCCACGAUCAAGUUUGUCCCAAGCAUCCGAUCUGGUAGCUAUGCUGACAUUGGGCCGCGAAAAUCCAUGGAGGAUGAGCACAUUCGGAUUGAUGAUCUUUCUGCUGAGGUGGGGUCCCUCUUCAGGUGUUCACUUCCAAGUGCCUUCUAUGCAGUGUUUGAUGGGCAUGGAGGCCCCGAAGCAGCAGCUUAUAUCAAGAGGAAUGCCAUGAGGCUAUUUUUUGAAGAUGUUGAUAUACCAAAAUUGUCUGAAAUUAAUGAUAUUUUCUUAGAGAAAUUGGAAAAUUGUCAUCGCAAGGCAUUUUUAUCGGCUGAUCUUGCCUUGGCUGAGGAAUGCACUGUUAGCAGUUUAUGCGGAACAACAGCCUUGACUGCCCUAAUAGUCGGAAGGCAUCUACUAGUGGCCAAUGCUGGUGACUGUCGAGCAGUUCUCUGCAGGAAAGGACAAGCAGUCCAGAUGUCUCAAGAUCACAGACCGAGUUAUCUCCCAGAGCGCAAGCGUGUCGAGGCCGUAGGUGGUUACAUUCUCGAUGGGUAUCUCUACCAUGCUCGGGUGAUGAAGGAUGGUCUCUCCAUCACCCGAGCCCUCGGAGACUGGGGAAUGAAAUUCCGUGAUGGUUCUUCAUCACCUCUCAUUGCUGAGCCAGACCUUCGACGGAUUAUUCUAACAGAAGACGAUGAGUUCCUGAUUAUUGGCUGCGAUGGGAUCUGGGAUGCCAUGCUAAACCAGGAUGCAGUCAGCCUGGUUCGCCGUGGAAUGAGGCGGCACAACAACCCGCAGCAGUGUGCUAGAGACCUCGUCAUGGAAGCAAUACGGCUAAACACACCGGAUAAUCUCACUGCGAUUGUCAUCUGCUUCUCUUCCCCCGAUCACAGUGAGGCAUUCCCACCACCACAGAGGCUGAGGUUCAGGUGCUGUAGUCUCUCCGAGGAAGCCCGAAACAGGCUGAAGAGCUUGCUGGAACGCUAAUUGCAUUCAAAAUACGAGAGGAAGAGAUCGUAAUGUCAGUUUAUGGCCUGCUUCAGAUCAUAGGGUACAAAAGAAUCAGCCAAAAGUUUUGUAGAAGAGAUGAAAGCUAGGAUAAUCGCCUAGUUGACUAUAGUGCGAGAAUAAUCACCUUGAUUCCAUUCAUCUCCCCAUCAUUAUUUAACGUUUUAUAUGUACAUGUGGAUUGCGAAUACUCCUAAUGGACACUGCAUUGAUCUUGAAGGAGACGACAAAAGACACCGACGAGGUGUUAAGAGUUUUGUGAGGACACAGUUCACGAUAGAUUGAAUCUACACGUGUUGAGGCCUCCAUUCUUUUUAGUGGGGCGCCUGACUA